AUGAAGAACAGUGAAGCUAGACCUGUCGGAUCUGCCCCAUUACCAGAGGCCAAUGAAGUUGAAAAGAAAAAUCCCAACGAGUGCAAUUACAUCCAGAAUGAUAAGAGAUCACACGGCAAAGGCUGUGGUGGAUAUAGAAACCGUGACAAUUACUCGAACGGUCGAGAUAGAUACUUGGCCGGCCGGAAAGGAAACCACAAUAACAGUGGUCGUGGUUCCAAUCCCGGCCGUGGCCGAGGUGGAUAUGGACGAGGUCGAGGCGGUAUAUCCAAACCGUCUUACUCAACCAAAUCCGUUUGUCACAUAUGUGGGAUGAGCAACCAUUGGGCCAAGAAUUGUAGAACUCCUAAGCACUUAUGUGAGCUCUACCAGGGAAGUAUUAAAGACAAGAACCCGGAGGCUCAUAUGGUCCAUGAUUCCGGUUAUGAGGCUGAUAAAGAAUCCGAUGUUGCAAAUGACGACCUGAUGGACUUUGAGACUUCUGAUUGUCUCAAAGACUAA